AUUCCCCCUUUAAUGUUAAAACACCCACAGUGUGCGGAAGAUAGAAAUUGUGUUUGUUCAGUCCUUUAAAGGCGAAAUUGUGAAUAGGAAGGGACAUUACUCCCGGCAUUUCUAAUCGGAAUCUAGGACGUUUACUAGUACUCAGUCGGGACGGACAUGGCGUCUGCCAACUCCUCUAUCGUGAUCAGCGAUGAAGAGCAAGGUUAUGACCUGGACCUCUUCUGUAUACCAAAACAUUAUGCUUCUGACCUGGAGCGAGUGUAUAUUCCACAUGGACUCAUCAUGGACAGAACUGAACGUCUGGCCAGAGAUAUCUUGAAGGACAUGGGUGGCCACCAUAUCGUUGCUCUGUGUGUGCUCAAAGGGGGCUACAAGUUUUUUGCUGACCUCCUAGAUUACAUCAAAGCCCUCAAUCGCAACAGCGAUCGUUCCAUUCCGAUGACAGUGGACUUCAUCCGACUCAAGAGUUACCAAAAUGACCAAUCUACAGGUGACAUCAAAGUAAUUGGCGGCGAUGAUCUGUCCACACUCACAGGAAAGAACGUCUUGAUUGUUGAGGACAUCAUUGAUACUGGGAAGACAAUGAAGACUCUACUUGAACUUCUCAAGCAGUAUAAUCCAAAAAUGGUCAAAGUGGCCAGUUUGCUGGUGAAGAGGACACCAAGGAGUGUUGGCUACAGACCAGACUUUGUAGGAUUUGAAGUCCCUGACAAAUUUGUGGUUGGAUAUGCGCUUGACUACAAUGAGUACUUUAGGGAUUUAAAUCACAUCUGUGUCAUCAGUGAAACGGGAAAGGAGAAGUACAAAGCAUGAGAAGCCCUGAACUUCCCCCUCUAGCUGUGUAUCAUUUGGUUAUUUUUUUUAAAUAUGGUUUUCAUUUUAUAUCCAUUUUGUAUUUGUUCAGUAGCGCAGCUCACCGCAGGUUAGCAGGUCCUGCACUCAGGGUCUCUGGUGAGGUGUGUGCUGUCAAUGCACCUUACAUUUACUUUGGCUUAUAUCUCCACAGGCAGCCCCACACAUUAUCAACCACAAACACUUGCAGUUCAGUCUCAGAGAAUAGAGGUCCUUUAGACUGCUGCUUUUAGUUACAAUGGGGGUUUUAAACAACCAUUUGUAUAAGGAUUCCCUUUAAUUUAUUACAAUGACUUAUACAAGUUAUUAUAGGUAGGUUUUUAUGUUUAAAGACGAGAUAGAUUAAACAGAAUAUUGAUUUACUAUUCAAUCAUGAGCAUACAUUUGAUUUGAUCAGAUGGCAAAAGGAGAACAUUCAUGUUUCCCAAAGACUAUUUGCAGUGUAAAACUGUAAUAAUAAUAAUAAUAAUAAUAAAAAAUCAGUGAGCAUUGAGAAUGAAUGAUUUUACAUGUGAAUGUACUUUAGAAUCAGGGUAACCUGAUUUUUCAAUCAUAUUUUAAAUUUAUUGACAUUUUAAAGCCAAAUAUCAUCUCGUUGUUUUUAUUUGUAAUUGUUUAAUUUUGCCUGUCAAGAUAUUUAUUUGUCUACUUACUGUAGUCUUGCUUCCUAAUUAUAAAGAUGGGAUUAAUAUGAAAUGUGGAAAAAAAAAAUCUCAUGGUGCCUUAGAUGGUAAAUUGGUACAACCAGUUAUGCUCCCAUUUAUCAGUAUAAAAAUUCGAUGUAAAGCUAAAGUGACCUCACCAUUGUUCAACCACCUGUCAAUCUUAAACUUUCUGAUUAAAUUAUUCAGAGUUUU